AAAAGCCACAGCUGUGUCUGUGCACUCGCGCUGUGAGGCUGCAGAGAGAGAGAGAGGCGCGAGAACGCUUGUUCCUUCAAACAAAGAGACCCAUCAACAUCCUCCACAGUGCACCAGCAGAGCCCAUCCCAGCAAGGCCGAGAGGAACCAUGACUGCAAACGGAACCAGCGACAUGCUCAAGAUCCAGUUCGGAUUGAUCAACUGCGGGAACAAGUACCUCACGGCUGAAACGUUCGGCUUCAAGAUCAAUGCAUCAGCCACCAGCAUGAAGAAGAAGCAGAUUUGGACCUUGGAGCAGAACGGCGACGACUCGAGCACGUUCUACCUGAAGAGCCAUCUGGGGAGAUACAUCGCAGCUGACAAAGACGGAAACGUCACGGGUGACAGCGAGACCCCGGGCGAGGAUUGUCGCUUCGUAAUCACUGCACACGAUGAUGGGCGCUGGUCACUGCAGUCUGAGCCUCACAAGCGCUACCUGGGCGGCACCGAGGACAGAAUUACCUGCUUCGCCCAGACCAUCUCCAUCGCGGAAAAAUGGAGCGUGCACAUUGCCAUGCACCCCCAGGUCAACAUCUUCAGCGUCACCAGGAAAAGAUACGCGCACCUGAGCGCCGAGCAGAACGAGAUCGCCAUCGACCGAGACGUGCCCUGGGGCGUCGAUUCACUCAUCACCUUGGUCUUCCAGGACCAGAGGUACCACAUACAGACCUCCGAUAACCAGUUCCUGAAGAAUGACGGAAGCCUGUCCCCGAACCCUGACAAGAGCACGGGGUACACGCUGGAGUUCAGGUCCGGGAAGGUUGCCUUCAGAGACUGCACUGGGAAGUACCUGGCUCCCUCUGGUCCCAGUGGAACCAUGAAGGCCGGCAAGAGCUCGAAGGUUGGCAAAGACGAGCUUUUUGUUCUGGAGCAGAGCCACCCUCAAGUGGUCCUCACCGCUGGCAACGACAGGAAUGUGUCCACCAGGCAAGGCAUGGACCUCUCUGCCAACCAGGAUGAAGAAGGCGACCAGGAGACUUUCCAGAUGGAAAUCAGUAAGGACACGAAGAAGUGUGCCUUCAGGACCUGCACUGGCAAAUACUGGACUCUCACAGCUAAUGGUGGCCUUCAAUGCACUGCCUCUACUAAGUCAGCUAACUGCUACUUUGACAUUGAGUGGCGUGGGAAGAAGAUAACCCUGCGUGCCAACAAUGGAAAAUAUGUGGCUGCCAAAAAGAACGGACAGCUGGCUGCCACUAUUGACUCAGCAGGUGAGACUGAAGAGUUCCUGAUGAAGCUCAUUAAUAGGCCCCUCAUCGUGCUGAGAGGAGAGCAUGGCUUCAUUGGCUGCAGAAAGGUGACCGGUACCUUGGACUCCAACCGCUCAUCAUAUGACGUCUUCGGGUUGGAGUUUAGAGAUGGAGCCUAUAGCUUGCGAGACUGCACAGGAAAAUACUGGAUGGUGGGCAGUGAGUCAAACGUGCUCAGCAGUAGCGACACCCCGGUGGACUUCUUCCUCGAGUUUUGCGACUACAACAAAGUGGCCAUCAAGUCAACCGAGGGGAAAUACCUGAAAGGCGAUCACGCAGGUGUUCUGAAGGCCAACGCUGACGAUCUGGACCCCUCCACUUUGUGGGAGUACUAAAAGCACUUAAGUAACCACUGUGGCUUUUUCUUUCCAGUUUUUCUCCUUUCUGUUACGCAUUUUGAAUAUGGUUUAUGAAUACGAGUGAGCACACGGUCCAAUAGCAGAGAGAAACCCAAAGGUGAAGGGUCUUACUUCUAGUCAUGUAUACUCGAUUCUGUCUAAAUACGUCAGCGUUCGUGUGCCACAGCGUUACCGCUGAGUUGUGCGGUUCUCGUUGACGAACUGGGACUUAACUGGCAUCCAAAUUUGUGUUGUGUGGUUAAGCACAUCUAAUGUCAUCUCCUAAUCUAUAACAAUUGACUCGCAUUCAAGAUUCAAGUCGGUGGAAGGUCGACUAUGCGGGCGCCACAGGAUUUUGAUGUACCAGAUUGUAGCGUGAUCCCUCUUCCUAGUCUUUGCACAGUCCUGUAUGAGCCUCACUCUCUUAAUAUUAACACAUAGCGAAAUAUGUUAAAGAAAACCUUGUGACUGUGAGAUAUUGAUGAUGUAAUGCCUCCCGCUGUAUUGCCAGUCAUAAGUAUCUGCCCUCAUGACCCGAGGACUAAGGCAAUAUUUACAGGUAAAUGUAUGAAUGUUGAGUUUUUAUUUUAUUUUUCUUUCUAUACACUUGACAGAGUUAUGAAGGAAGCUCUCGGACCACUGAAACGGGCGAUGGGCUAAAUUUUGUUUUUGUACGGCAGUGCUUUGAUUGUGUGCUGCUUCACUAUCUGUGCCAUUAGAAUUAAUUUUAAUGUUUCAAGAGGACAAACCAAGAGAACUGGAUUUGUACCGUACAUCUCAAAAUUAGGGUUACGCCUGGAAUUGCGAAUAAAAAAGGAAAUAUAGAUAUUAAAGUGGAAAAUGUUUUCUGCAACUCAAAAGUGAUCGUUACAUUGUGUGAAGAUACCGACAUGAGGUAUGUUGUUGCAGGUUCAACACAGUAUUUAUGCUAAAUUAAACCACUUUUCCCCUCUUAAACCUGACGAAUCUCUAAGGAAUGGCGGGUCUGCUUUUACAGGACUCGUGCAGUGGUCAAAUCUGGAAAAGUCACUGGAAAUGUCACCUAACGCUUUUUGUUGUUGUUGUUGUUGUUUUGGAGAAGGCACAGACAUUAUCAUAAACCCUGUACAUUUAUACACAUUACAGAGCAUUAACAUCUCAUUGAAAAAGCCGACACCACACGCAACAUUGCUUAAAGAUUUAAACCCGAGGUUAAACUGGUGCUUAAUUAGAUUUCAGGUGUGCAUCAAAGCCACUCCGAGCAUAACUGCUAAUUAUUUAAGAAUAGAGCUACCAUUUCACAUGAUGAUGAUGUCCCAUUGCUAAGGGUAUGAUAAUGACUGUGCCUUAAAAGGCCAUUAUGGGGGAGAAAAGACAUUCCACAUUAUACUUUGUAAAGUCUUUACAAAUGUCUUUUUAUAUUGUUUUGAUAUUAUGGUUAUGUUUCCUCAUGUGCCAUGGGUACAAAUGAAAUCUGGAAAUAAAUACGGUUUGAAUAUGAAA